UAGGGUUAUUGGAAUCUCUGUUGUAACUUGUGCGGAAAGUUAAUAUCCUUCUACCUCAAAUCUUUUUUUGAAAAAAUUUUAUUAAUUCUUCAACAUGACAAACCAAGAAAAAAGACGAAAAUUUUUAUUAGAUUGUUUCACAGAAGACGGUUGGUUUUACAUUGUAAAGAAAAAGGCAAUAUUAGUGACUGAUGACUCUGAUUUAAAAAUCGGAGCAAAAGUCCAAUUUACGUACACCGAUAAUGAUAAACAGCAAAAAAUUAGAAAGGGAAAGAUAAUUAUGGAAUCACAAAGUGAAGAAAUUUUAGAUAAAGAGAUGAACAAGAGGAUAGAUGAAAUUGAAGAAAAUAAUAUUACAAGAGAUGAAACUAUAGAAAAAGAAAAGUUGGAGUAUGAGCUAAAAAGAACAAAGUUCAUUGAAAGAGCAAGAGAGGGGAAUGUUUAUAUGGCAUUACAACUCCAACAAGAUUUAAAUGUGGAAACAAAAGAAGAUUUAAUAAAUAGAGUUUCCAACGUCUUAACAGUAAAUAAAGAUAUUAAUGAGGCACUUACAUAUAUUGAAAAGGACCUGCAAGGAUCAAAUAUUCAAUAACCUUAAACUAAGGAGAAGAAGGAUUCUUAAUCGCAUUUCGACAAAAUAAAUAUUUGAGACUGAAUAUAUUUAAAGUUCGAUAUAACUAACACCUAAAUUGUAUUUAAUAUUUAAUAAAAAAAAUGUUUGAUUAGUUUAAUAAAAUCUAAGUCUAUAGCCA